AGCUCACAUGCAAAUUCUACAGAUUGUCCCAUCUUCUGUUUCUUUUCCUCCGUUUUAGAUUGCGAACAUUGACAAAUGAACAGUAGUUACAGUUUUCACAUAUAUGCUACUCGAAAAAGCAAUGCUUGUCUGGUCGCAUAGGUGAAAAUCACAGAGUCGAUAAUGGAGGAUUCGAAUGCGUGGGUUUACACCUUAUUUCACUUGAACAGUGAAAGGAGGGUGAACUUGAGGGUUUAGGGUUUCUGUAUGCAGAUGGAUCGCUACUGUGUAAUUUGGAAGUGAUUCUUAAUUCGGUUUCAAGUGUGAAAGGGAAACAACGAUAUGAUGUAUUAGUAUAUGCAAAAAGAGGCUGUCGGGCCAUGGUCGCUCUUGCCCUUUUGAUUCCACUUUUUCUUACUAUUCCUCGCAGAAAAGCUGUCGGCGCCGCCGUAUGGGUGCUUGUUUGGUAAUCCAUCAAAAAAUACCAGGUUUCGUUUUUCUUCAUGGAAUUAGAAUCCACCGUUGUUCUAGUCUCUGUGCAUGAUGGGAUUUAUCGGCUAAUGACGUUCUACUACAGAAAUAAUAAAGGGGCUCAGUAUCAUAUUAAAAAAAGUUUUGAGGGCUGAAUUAUGGAAAUUGUCAUUUACUCCUAAUGCCAUGGGGAUGCUUCGUAGACUGAGACUUUUGACUCUAGUGAUGUUUCGUUUUCCUUUUUUAAAUGCUUGUUGAAAAUGGGGAGUAUACAUUAUUAAAUUUUUUUUUCCUUAAUUCAGAUCUCGUCGCACUUCAAUUAAUUAGUAAUUGUGUUAUUCUUUUUUAAGAUUUUUCUUUCAAGUUUUCUUUAACCAUUUAGUAUUAGGAUUUUUUUUCUUCUCAAAAGUAUUAGAAAAAUAUGAAUUUGCAUAAACAGUUUCAUACCGACAGUUCAAGUUUAAAUUUACUAUAGCAAUAAUAGGUAUUUUAAUUUUUUUAAUUAAAAAUACCGCAUGAUACUCGAAUAGUAAACAUUUUUUCAUAUGAAUAUAUACAUAUGUUUUAUUUUUUGAAAAUGGAAAGGAAGCUGCGAUAUUGCAUCCGCGUACCAGCACCGAGUUCCUCCCCUUCUCCUCUAAUAAAUAAUGAUUCACCUUUCUACACUUGCGUUAAAAAAAAAAUUAAAAAAAGGAGAAACUUCAGUCUCCAACCAAAUACUCUCACUUUUUACCUUCCAUUUUUCCAGUUUCUCUCACUCUCCCUCCGCUGCCCUUUCUGCUUUUCUGUACACUGCACUUUACACCUUGCAUGUCCUCUGCUUUCAUCCCACAAUAUCUCUGAUUUUCUUUUCACCUAGCUGCCACAGAUGCUUCCUUUUCAAAGCUGCUAUGAGUUUGUUCAUAAUGACCCAAGCGUCGUCAACUUCAAGGACUUGGACGCCGGAGAAUCCAUCGUCAGCUCCUCGUCGAGAUCAGAAAAGAAAUCAACGGAUGCAUGCAAGAGCCACAAGGAAGCAGAGAGGAGACGCAGACAGCGUAUUAACGCCCAUCUCUCUACUCUCCGUACUCUCCUUCCCAACGCCACCAAGACGGACAAGGCCUCGUUGCUAGCGGAGGUGGUGCAUCACGUGAGGGAGCUAAGAAAGCAAGCCGCUCGCGUGGUGUGUCCGGAUAGGGACGGUUUCUGUAGCGCCAGCAGCAGCACCGGAGGAGGAGGAUCAGAGCCUGAGAAGUACUGUGCAUUUCCAGGAGAAUCAGACGAGGCGACUUUGAGUUAUUGUGAUGGGGAAGCGAAGAUGAUGAGGGUGAGCAUUUGUUGUGAGGAUAGACCAGGGUUGAACCGGGAAUUAUCACAGGCGAUCCGGUUGGUUCGAGCCAGGGCGGUCCGUGCUGAGAUGAUGACGGUUGGAGGACGGACGAAGAGUGUUGUGGUGCUGCAAUGGUCUAGUGGCGGUGGUGGAGAUGAGGAUGUGGGAAUUCUGAGAAGAGCACUGAAGGCCGUUGUGGAGAAUCGAGUCUCGGGUUCUGGGCUGGGCCUGGUGGUCCACGGAAUUAAAAAAUAAAUAAAUUGAUUUGUAAAUCAUUGGGAGAUGGUCGUAGCUUAUCUACCGACCUUGUGUGAUGUGAUAGCAUUAGUUUAGUUGCUAACUAAAAUUUCAUGGCAACUUGUUCCAUUAAACAAAAACGACAGCAAAUUAAUCGUUUUUUAAUUUACAAUACGCACUCGAUUAGAUUGCUCG